GGAGCUCCGCGCACAGGCAGCAGCCAGCGGCUGCUUCCAGCACCUCCUCCUUCUCCUCCUCCUCCUCUUGCCCGCGAUCCAGUUCUGGCUGGAGGGGCUCCUUCACGCGCUUGGCCCCCGCCCCACGCACGCGGCCUGGCCCGCCCCCGCCCCACCCCCGCCCCACGGGCCCCGGGGCUCCGCCCGCCUCGGUGGCAGGCGAGCGCACAGGCGACUGGCGCGCAGCUCCGGGUGCCCUCUCUUCAGUCCUCUGGCAGCUCGGCUCCAUAGAGUAGCCGGGACCUGGAGCCUUGGCCAGGACUCCCCUCCCGCUCCCUCCCCGUCUCCGCCCCCUCCUCCCGGCCCCGGCUCCCGGAUCUCGCCGAAGACAAUUGCAGUAAAUGAGGACAUCUGAGGAGCACGGAGCCGGGUGGCUGUGGCUGGCUCCGCCGCGCCGCGAUCGGGCGAGCGCGCGGGCGUCCCCAGAGCCGGCCGAGCCACUGCCUCCCCGUGCGCGUCGCUGAGCAGGAGCCGAAGGGACUCGAGCUGCGGCGCGGGGGCCGGCCGGGCCGGGCGGGCCGGGCCCGUGGCAGUGGAGGGGGCGGGCGGCGGACACGCAGCUGGCCAAGUCCCCGGAGCCGAGCCUCCUUCAGCGCGAGCCCGGCGAUCCUUGCCUUGGAUGCUCUGCCCCGAGUGCUCCGUGCCGUGCCAGGCUUGCCAGGGUCCGCGGCAAGACAUGCCCGAGCCAGGCGCUGCACCGACCUCCACUUAUCAGUAAGCAGCCAAAGGCACCAUGGUCAGCAAGGGCUCCGGCAGAUGCAUACUCACGACACCAGAGCGGGAAGUGGAGCCUGCCGCCUGCCUGGCCCUGGAGAUGAGAUAUGCCCUGGACCCUAACCGGCAGAUCAAAAAGCGAAACAAAGCUCUGCAGGUGCGCUUUAAGGAUAUCUGUGAGGCCCAGAAUGAGCAGAGAGACACACAGUUGUCUUCGGGACCUCUGGGGGAGAAGCGAGAGGCCAAGGCUGUGUCCUGCAGGGUGGCCUAUCGUAAGUAUAUGACCGUGCCCGCACGCCGCUCCAUUCCCAAUGUCACCAAGAGCACUGGUGUGCAGACCUCACCAGACCUUCGCAAGUGUUACCAGACAUUCCCGCUGGACCGCAAGAAAGGCAGUCUCAAAGGCCUGCCAGCUGCAGAUGCCUUCAAAAGCCAGAACAAUGGGUUUCUAGCAGAUUCAAAGGAGAAGAGCGAGGCGGGACCCAUGGAGGACCCUAGGCCUUGCAGUGCAGGAAGGAUUCACAAGACCACAGCAUUGGUUUUCCAUUCCAACGAGCACGUGAAUGAGCUGGAACAGCCUUCUGGGGUCAACUGUGCAGAACUCUGCAAGGCUCCAGAUGUGCUUGGCUACCCUGAGGCUCUUUUGCAGAACUCUCGGCAUCCCUCUGAGGAGCCCAUCCACCAGCCGCAAGGGAGAGCUAAGCUUGACAGGGGCACCCUGGACUCAGAGGAGCCCACUCCACUCACCCACGGAAGGGUGUUUAAAACAGAGGUCGCCACUGUGUAUACGCCUGCCAUCAGUACCAGGGCCCCUGAGCCUGGCUUGUCAAACUCUGCUGCUGCCAGCCAAUGGUCUCUCUGCCCUGCAGAUGAGGAGCAGAGACGAGCCACCCACCUCAAUGGGCUGCAGGCAUCCACAGGCUCUGCUGUGGCCUGCUCAACCCCGGUGCAGUGCCUGUCCCCAGAAUGUAGCGAACAGCCCCUGCAGAGCCAGCCUAGCCCCACAGCUGGGGUAGGGGAUGAAGAACGCCAACAAAUUGUGCCUCACACAGAGGUGGUAGACCUCAAGGCCCAGCUGCAGGUGAUGGAGAAUUUAAUCAGCUCUAGCCAGGAGACCAUCAAAGUGCUGCUGGGAGUUAUUCAGGAGUUGGAGAAAGGAGAGGCCCAUCGAGAAGGGCUUUCAUAUCGGACGGGGCAAGACACAGCUAAUUGUGACACGUGCAGGAACAGUGCAUGUAUUAUCUAUAGUGUGGAGCUGGAUUUUAAGCAACAAGAAGACAAACUGCAGCCUGUGCUGAGAAAACUGCAGCCUGUCGAGGAAACUCAGGUCAUCCCUUCGCCUUACACUCCGGAGACUCACUCCUCUACGCCCAAGCAAAAAUCCAAAACUGAGUCCAAAAAGCAUGGAAGGUGGAAACUCUGGUUUCUUUAAGACUCGUGGGCUUGGGAAGACCCAGACCGUCUUUUAAACCCACUGGGAUUUAAGUGAGUCCUUUUCCAAAUCGGAUAGGAUCAAGGGAACUGCGGUGCCAACGCGUGCUCCCUGCUUCUCGCCCUGCGUACCAAAAAGGCCUUCGCACCAACAGAUAAUCAGCAGCAAGGGAGUGACUGUCACCCCUUGCCAGCUGUCCUUUGCAGUUCACUGGUAUGGGGUAUAAGGUCUGAAAUAAAACUUACGUAGUCAAAGAUAAGGAAAAACUCUAACCCCCCGACAGUGCCCCCUUACCUAAGAAUGAGUAUCGAGAUGCCAAUGUUCCAUACGGCAGGCUGUCUUUGCAGACAGUGGAACUUCUCAUUAUUUUUGGCUCUUUAUUAAUUAUUAUUAUUAUUAUUUUUAAAUGAGAAGAGAAAGCAAGCCUUGUGUUGGCAAAGGACUUCAUUUUUACCUUUCAUUAUAAAAUAAGCAGGGGCGAGUGCAGUUUUCAGCACAUUCAAUUCCGGAGAAAGCACAAUUUUUUUCAAGUGGUCGGAGACCAUGAAUAAUCUCGAAAAAUGUGACUCUAUGUAUAUCUGCCUUUGUGUGCUGUAGCGCUAAGCCAAGUGACCACAUGUCAGUGUCAAAUUGACACCACAGAUUUAGAACCCUCUUCAUCUCCAGAUGGACGACAUGUUUACUGUUCAUUUUCCAAAUGGCCAGCAGCCAGGAACCACCCCCACCCCCACCCCGAGUCAUGAUAUGCCUUCAAUCAUUGCAAGCUGACAGGGUCAGAGCUCCUGGACACUAAGCUUUCUUAGAUCUUGUUUUUAUUCUUUGGGUACUCAAAGGCCAAAUGAUGAAUCUGGCAAGAAUUGGAAAACAGACAGAGAUACACAAUGGGUAAUAUAGUUACCUAUAAAUCACGGGUGCCUGGGCUGCGGCAGAAAGCGUUGGUUUUUUUUUCUUUCUUUCUUUCUUUUCUUUUCUUUUUGUAGCUCAAUCCCCAGAGAGGCUCCUUAUCCCCAAGUGAAGGCAGACAGGUGUUUUAUACAGUUAUUUAUGCUUUGUCACUACGGUGUGAGAUGUGACCAUCGCAGAGAGAAACAGCGUGUUUCCCUUAGCUGCUACCAAUGGCCAAACUUACCAUUGCCUCCAUUUAACCUAUCAGUAAAUUGUAUUAAAUGGCAUACUCAGGGGAAAGCUGUGAAUCAAAUGGUUUUAGGCAUUUUUAAAAAUCUGCUGUAUAAUCAAGAGUAAUUUCUUGAUUAUACAUGACAACAUAAACCUCUACCCCACUUGUUUUUCUGCUCAUUUCUUCGCACCUUUACAAGUAUCUUUUUUAUAGAAAACAAAAUCCUCCUGUGCAUUGAUGUCUCUCUGUGCUCUGCUGCUCAGCGAGGAAGCAGGUCUUUAUUGCCUUUUUUUUUUUUUUUUUGUCCUUUUUUGUAUUACUUAACGUUUUGAAUAGGUUGUGAGCAUACCAGAGAAACUUAGUCUUCAGUGUGGGUCCAGCACUUUCAGCUAGAACUGAUGCUGAUGGCAGCCAGGCAGAUGAGACCACAAACCUGCAGUGGCUCAGUUUCGGGAGAGGGUCAUGACCUUCUUUUGCUGGGGAGGAGCUAAGGCUCACCACAUGUUUUUCCUCUGGACUGAAGAGUUUCAUUUAGUUCUGAACAUUUGAGUUACACAAUGAGCUUUAAAAGAAAAGAAGCUAAAAGAAUAUUUCGUAUGAAGACUCUUUGGGGACUACUCAGAUCACACCAGACGUAUGCUUAAUUUAAAAUGCAAGGGCAUGUGCGUGCAUGCAUGCACGCACAAGACACACAUACACACAUGCAAAACACACUUGUGCACACACACACCACACACAUGCACGAAAACACAUGUCUAUAUGUAAGUACUCUACAAGAAUACAGAUCUGUAGAAGAGCAGUAAGCAGGCCUGUUGGAGAAGAGCCCUGACCAAACUGAUCCUGUACCUUGAAGGAAGUGCAAUUGUUUCAUGCAUAUGAAACUUUAAACAUGUGUUUCAUGUUUUUAUACUGUUUUUAACUGAUGUUAUAAAAAUGUUCACAGUUUUCUCUCCCUGUGUUUGAAGAAUCCCACGUUCUCAACGAGUGAAAGGAAGGGUUCAGCAGCUUUCUGUCCAGUGCUGCACAUCUGUCUAGAUACAAGCAUAUGUGACUACCUGUGACGUCGAUGUUUCCAACCAGUCUAGGCCCCCCAAAUCAAAAGAUUGAACAUGUGAGAGCCAGAAGUGAAACUCUGAAGAUAAACCAAUUCCUCCACAAAAGAACAAGCAUCUCCCCACACUGGAAACAAAAUAUAUUGGCGAGCUCAUUUCAUAGCUGAAUCGCAAUUUGCCAAUGACAGAGGAUGACCCUUCUCCUGGAAAGAUCGAACUCAAAAGUUUCAUACAAAACUAAGUAAAAAGUUCAGUGUCCCCUCCUAUGUAGAUGUACACAUGGCAUUACGUAUAGAGAGUAAAUUAUUAUACUUGUCAUUAAAUCUUUAUUAAUUUUUAAAUAAAAAAAUCAAAGGUAA